AUGGCAGGAGGAUCUUCUUCAGAAUUUGUCAGUGUUGACAAAAUGAAGAAUAAGAAGAAGCUCGUUGAUGGUGGAGGAUCAUCGUCUGAUCUUACGAAUGAGAAGCUACAUGGGAAGAAAAAGCUUGGUACAAUUGCUCUAGGUCGAUUUGUUGCUAGCGACGAAGAGAUUAAAGAGAACAUUGCCGUAUCAAUUUGUCACAUUGCUGAGAAAAUGAAGAAUCUUAAAACAUAA